GCUGUCAGCUGACUACAGCGGGGGACUAAUCGGUGUCCCUGGCACCGCCAGGGAUCCUGAGAGCCAACCAGGGCCUACGCCAUCCGGAGCCGGGUGGGCGAACCUGCCUGGUCUAGGAAGCCGGGCGAUGCCCCGCCACGGAGUGUCUUCCGGCCAGGGCCGCCCCAGGUCGGGCCGGGAGCAGACACUGGACAGGUCCUUGGGGGCCCCCAGCCUGAGGCUCCUGUGGAUGGGCUUGGCGCUGGCCCUGCCCGACUCCCAGGUUCUCUGGGCCCCUGCCGGGGCCCACCCUCUUCCCGCCCAAGGCCAUCUCGCCAAGUUCUUUCGCCUAGCGCCCCAGCUCCGGGAAGCCUUUAGCUGGUGGAACCUUACCUGCCCCGCCUGCAAAGGACUGUUCACCGCCAUCGACAUCAGGCUGCGGAACGAGGCCAGCGUGGCCCAGGUGGGCUCCAUGGCCAUCAAGAUGUGCACGCUGCUGAAAAUAGCACCGCCUGCCGUGUGCCAGUCAGCUGUCCAGCUCUUUCAGGACGACAUGGUGGAGGUGUGGACGCGCUCGGUGCUGAGCCCGUCUGAGGCCUGUGGUCUGCUCCUGGGCUCCUCCUGUGGACACUGGGACAUCUUCUCACCUUGGAACAUCUCUUUGCCGGCUGUGCCAAAGCCAUCCCCCCAGCCGCCCGUGCCCCCGGCCCCAGGCUCCCCUGUCAGCCGCGUCCUCUUCCUCACUGACCUGCACUGGGAUCAUGCCUACCUGGAGGGCACAGACCCCAACUGUGAGAACCCACUGUGCUGCCGCCAGGGUUCUGGCCCACCGCCUGCCUCCCGGCCAGGUGCUGGAUACUGGGGCGAGUACAGCAAGUGCGACCUGCCCCUGCGGACCCUGGAGAGCCUGUUGAGUGGCCUGGGCCCCGCCGGCCCUUUUGAUAUGGUGUACUGGACGGGCGAUAUCCCUGCCCACAACAUCUGGCAGCAGUCUCGUCGGGACCAGCUGCGGGCCCUGACCACCGUCACAGACCUUGUGAGGAAGUUCUUGGGGCCGGUGCCUGUGUACCCUGCUGUGGGCAACCACGAGAGCACACCCGUCAAUGGCUUCCCUCCCCCCUUCAUAGAGGGCAACCAGUCUUCGCAAUGGCUCUAUGAGGCGAUGGCCAAGGCCUGGGAGCCCUGGCUGCCUGCUGAAGCCCUUCGCACCCUCAGAACUGGGGGGUUCUAUGCACUUUCCCCACGCCCCGGCCUCCGCCUCAUCUCUCUCAAUAUGAAUUUUUGUUCCCGUGAGAACUUCUGGCUCUUGAUCAACUCCACAGAUCCUGCUGGACAGCUCCAGUGGCUGGUGGGGGAGCUUCAGGCCUCUGAGGACCGAGGAGACAAAGUGCAUAUAAUUGGCCACAUUCCCCCAGGGCACUGCCUGAAGAGCUGGAGCUGGAAUUAUUACCGAAUUGUGGAGAGGUAUGAGAACACCUUGGCUGGUCAGUUCUUUGGCCACACCCACGUGGAUGAGUUUGAGGUCUUCUAUGACGAGGAGACCCUAAGCCGGCCGCUAUCUGUAGCCUUCCUGGCGCCCAGUGCCACCACCUACAUCAGCCUCAAUCCUGGGUACCGUGUCUACCAAAUCGAUGGCAACUACUCCGGGAGCUCUCACCUGGUCCUGGACCACGAGACCUACAUCCUGAACCUGACGCAGGCGAACGAGCCUGGAGCCGCAGCGCACUGGCAGCUGCUCUACAGGGCUCGGGAAACCUACGGGCUGCCUAAUGUGCUGCCUGCCGCCUGGCACGACCUGGUGUACCGCAUGCGGAGCGACACGCAACUUUUCCAGACCUUCUGGUUUCUCUACCAUAAGGGCCACCCGCCCUCAGAGCCCUGUGGCACACCCUGCCGCCUCGCUACUCUGUGCGCCCAGCUCUCCGCCCGGUCAGACAGCCCUGCUCUGUGUCGCCACCUGGUGUCGGACGCAAGCCUCCCUCCUGUCCAGAGCCUGCGGCCAAGGCCGCCAUUAUGCUAACACCCCCAGGGCCCAGAGGUGGGAGAGUGCUCGUCUUAGAAAAGGAGCCUUAGAAAAGGAGCGAAAACCCCAGAAGGCCACCGUGGUGAGAAGAAUGUCUGGUGGAAGAGCUUAUCCCUGGGCCCAAGCACACCUCGGAAACAAGACCUCCUUUCCUGGAUCUGGUUUAGCAAAAUAUGGGAGCGGGGCUGGCUGCUCUGAGGCUGCUAUCCUUUCGUGGCCGUGGAGCAGAGGUCUAAGUUGGCACUGCCCUGGGAAGACCGGUCAGAAGUUGUCACCCCAGGCCUGUGCUGGCCAGCCAGGAACCCUGUACUGCUGCUGCUGCCUGCUUGCCAGGCUGUUAAAAUAAAAACAAGGGACUUGGACUCCA